AUGAACUGCUGCGACAACUCCGGCGCGCGCAACCUCUACAUCAUCUCGGUCAAGGGCAUCGGCGCGCGCCUGAAUCGGCUGCCGGCCGGCGGAGUGGGCGACAUGGUGAUGGCGACCGUCAAGAAGGGAAAGCCGGAGCUCAGGAAGAAGGUCAUGCCCGCUGUUAUUGUGAGGCAGUCGAAGCCGUGGAGGAGGGCGGAUGGCGUGUAUCUGUACUUUGAGGACAACGCUGGUGUGAUCGUGAACCCGAAGGGCGAGAUGAAGGGCUCGGCAAUCACAGGACCGGUGGGCAAGGAGGCGGCAGAGCUGUGGCCGCGUAUCGCGAGCAACUCUGGUGUCGUGAUGUGA